CGCAAUCGUUUAUCACCAUUCCACAAAAUAACCCUUGUAUUCAAUCGAAACAGUUUUUGGUAGCUUUCGUUCGACUUCAGAGAACAAGUACUAAAGAUGGAUAGACACAUCGUGACCGAAUUCUUGAGAAAGGUCAGAACCAUUAGCGAUGGUCACAACGCCAUUGGCGCUCCUCAUCAUUCGUGGUCCUCAAUGAAUAACCCUCGUGGCAUACCGAGGAACAAGAGCAACUGCAGCAACGACUGCCAUUCCCAUACUCAGAAUGUCAACGCUACGCAACGGGAACAGUCAAGCCAAGACAGCCAUAUCCUGCAUGGACGUCCGCAGGAGAGAAUGCACCAUCAACCUUUCUUCAUGGAAGAACGCCUUCAAUCAGAUCUGGCCGUGAAUCUUUCGUCCCUGAGCAGCAACGGUAGCAAUGGCAGCAAGAAUACCACAAGCAGCAAAACUAGCUUCAGCAACCAUAUCCACAUGCAACCGUUGACACUCCACCGAGGCCGGCAACAGCAACAGCAACAGCAGCAGCAACAACAACAGCAACGGUCACAAGAACCACAGCAAUCAGAAGACGCGUCGGUCUUAGUGGAAACCCUCAAGAGUCAGAACUCCAUCCUGUGGGAGCGAAUCCUCCGCCUCCAGCAUACGGUUGACGAACUCGAGGGCCAAGCGGCAAGACUCGUCGAGGUCAACAGCAAACUAGAGAUAGAGCUCCGUGAAAAGGAAAAAAUGAAUCAGCAGCUGGUGCAAAAGAUGAUUAGUACCAGGUCCAUCGCAAUGGACUACACGAGCGCGAAGGAUGCGGAAAUCAGUCUACUGAAGGAACACAAGCUCCUUCUAGCGACCAAGAACUCUAGGCUCCAGUCCUACCUCCGAACGACUGACAAGUUCAUCGGUUCGAUCCAAUCCCAGGAGCAGGAAAUGAUGAAAAUUCAGCAGCAACAGCACUUAGAGAGUACCAAGAGCAGAAGCAAACGCAAGUUGACGUCUAUCUUCGGCGACAAUGAAGAACACAAAACCCCCAACAAGACCAUUGUCCUUGUCGAAAGCAAUGAGUGCAAAAAAGAAUUCAACACAUGUACUGAAAAUUCUUUAGGCACCGGCUCUGCGACUGGGAAGGGAAGUGACGUCAUAGAGCUACUGUAGAUCAACAAUAGGAAGGGGUGAGAAUUGGGAACGAAAUUUGAUGUCGACGAUCAUGGGAACCACACACCAUAAAUGUCUCAAUAAGCA